AUGCGUACUACGUCAUAACGUUUUACGCCGUGUUCGACGCAACAUCUCGUUUUUCUGUUCGCGAUGGAUUCGUCGUGGACCUUUCUACUACUAUUGAUUACUUUGGUUGUCAUUGGUGUUUUAAAAAUUAUCGGUGUGCUGCAUAAUGCAUUUUUUCACUGGAAGAAUAAGGGCCUACCUUACAUACCAGAUUCACUUUCGUCUUUUCUAAUAAGUUUUAAAGUGUUUGCGGGUUACAUCAGUUUCCCCGAGUUUUGCCAAUGUAUGUACAAUUACUUUCCAAACGCUAAAUACAAUGGAGCAGUGGAUUUCUUUACUCCUGCCGUGCUUUUGCGCGAUCCCGAGUUGAUUAGAGAAAUUAUAGUGAAGGACUUUGAACAUUUUAUGGAUCACCGUCUUUUUAUUGAUGAAAGCGCAGAACCGUUGUUUGGCAAGAAUGUUUUCGCCUUGCGCGGAGAUCGUUGGAAAGAAAUGAGAACUAUAUUGAGUCCCUCUUUCACCGCCAGCAAAAUGAAAUUUAUGUUCGAACUGAUAUCGAAAUGUUCCCAUGAUUUUGUUAAUUACUUGGUCGAUCAUCCGGAACUCUGUCAUGCGAUGGACACAAAGGCAGCCUUUCGACGAUACACCACUGAUGUAAUUGCUACGAUCGCCUUUGGCAUAAGUGUGAAUUCUAUGAAAGAUCAAGACAACGAAUUCUACCUGAGAGGAGUGGAGGCUACCAAAUUUUCUACUGGAAUAUUAGGAACGGUUAAGAUAAUAUUACUACGAUCAUGUCCACAGCUUGCUAAAUCACUUGGCAUAUCAUUUUUCCCACAGGCUACGUCAAAGUUUUUCAUGAAGAUCGUAGGGGAAACCAUCAAAGCGCGAGACGAGCAAGGUAUCGUCAGACCUGAUAUGAUCCAUUUGCUACUGCAGGCUCGUGACAAGGAAAAUGCGCACAAAAUGACAUUGCUCGACAUCGUUUCUCAAGCCUUCAUCUUUUUCUUCGCCGGUUUUGAAACCUCGUCAACCUUGAUGAGCUUUAUUGCUCACGAAUUGGCGGUUAAUCAAGAUAUUCAGGACCGUCUGCGCGAGGAGAUACAGCAGUAUCUUGCCGAAGGAAACGGUGAGAUAACUUACGAGUCGCUGUCAAAGAUGACUUACAUGGACAUGGUGGUUUCCGAGACUCUCAGAAAAUAUCCACCAGCGGUCAUGACGGAUAGACUCUGCACUAAGAAAUACGAACUGCCUCCAGCGCAACCAGGCUGUAAGAACGUCAUGGUGGAACCUGACACUGUACUACUGUUACCCAUUUACGCUUUACAUCACGACCCGAAGUACUUUCCAAAUCCGAAUAAAUUUGAUCCCGAACGCUUCAGCGAGGAGAAUAAAGACAACAUUGUACCAUACACUUAUCUGCCAUUCGGUGAAGGACCCCGAAAGUGUAUUGGUAAUCGAUUUGCUCUUAUGGAGACUAAGAUUCUAAUAGCUCAUCUUUUACAAAAGUUUACUUUGAAGACUACGGAAAAAACCGUCGAACCAAUUGUAUACAGUAAAAGGGACUUUUCGUUACAACCUGAGGGCGGAUUCUGGAUUGGUUUGGAGAAGAGAGAAACAUGAAAACAUUGUAUAAAACACAAUAUUCUACAAUAUACUUAAAUGCGUUUGGAUUAAUAUUAUUGCAGACAUUUUUAAAGAUUUAAAAAUUAAAUUAAGUAAACGAUAAGAUUUGUUUGCAAUGUAUUAUUAAUGUAUUAUUAAUUAUUACUUAUUAUUAUUUAUAUAAUAAUGAGUAAUGGUUCAAGACAAAUACUUAAAUCAAACAUUCAAAUAUUUACUAAUGAAAAUUGGAAAAUAUUAGAAUUGGAUAAAUUAAUUUUUUUCAACUAAAUCUUAGUGGCUUAUAAAAAUUAUUUAUUUACAUUAAAAUGAAACGAACGGAAAACGAACCCACAAUUAAUUAAAUAUUUUAUUAAGAUUAAAAUUAACUUGAAUGUAAUUAAAAUUUAAUUUUGAGAAGCACAUUAUAUUUAAUUAUAAAUUAUAUUAAA